AUGACGGAUAAGGUUCGGCAAUCUGAGAAUGAACUUGAACUCGACUUAUCCAAAAAAGUCCAACAACAAGAAUUAGAACUGAAAUUCGAUGUCCAAGAAAAUGAUCAGCUCGAGCACUACAAUCGGCGAACAAAUCUUCGAAUAUUUGGUGUCGAAGAAGAGAAAGGAGAAGAUACGAAUCAAAUAGUAUUGUAUUUAGCGGAAGUACUGGACAUUCCAGUGUUUGAAGAAGAUAUUCCCGGUCGUACAAAAUUUGUCAACCAGUCUAAACGACCAAAUUUUUUACAUUGA